AUUAGUAGUGUAGAUAUCGAACGAUCAACUGUCGAAAUCUGCAAUCGAAUCAGCCCUCACAGGUGACAUCUGACAACAAGACGCCUACGCUGGUGAUAACUCUGACUCCAGCAAGGUUCGUGCUCGCUCGUAGGCAUGUCGUGUUGUGUACCGUCACAUGUAUCAUAUUAUUGUGUGACAACAUAUGCUCUAAGGUGACAAGAAUUGGAUGUAUCGAUGGGAAAAAAUGUCAAGAAUGGACGAGAAGUAUAAUGGAAAAAUUCGAGUGUUGCCAACCGACAGUUAUGUGGUUAUGGCUCACAAGUGAAAAGACGUACGACGUUGACUUCUACGAGAUUUGAAUUAUGCAAUUCAUCCAAGGACGAAUGGUGAGUAGGAUAUUACGUGCAUGCAUUCAUAUGCAAAUUGAUUUACAAGUCAAUCGUGCGAAUGGAAAUGAUGAAUGGUAAGUCCCAUUCUAUCUACAGUCAACGGUCCCAUCAUUAAAAGAGAUCAACGCAUGCGCCUCUUAUGCACACCCGUCUCACAAUCUUCAAUUGCGUUAGUCGCCUGCCCACCGUUACAUGUGAGUUGUCAAAAUCAAGAAGUCAUCAUGCGAUGCAACUUACCACGAUUCCUAUUAUCUCUGAUUAUCUCACUAUUUUUAUACGUUGACUUCAAUCACGUUGUCGCCGAGACAUCGACGUGCGUACGGAAUGAGGGUAACGAUGAAACAUGUGCCGGUUCCGACGAACUCAAAGGAUCACCGAUCAACAAUUUAUUCGAUCAGGUCAGAGAUUGGAAAAGCGCCAACUCGAUGUACGAUUUCAGCGCUAGGGAUAUAAAUGGACACGACGUUGAUUUUUCCGUUUACAAGGGCCAUGUAACCAUCGUCGUAAACGUCGCCAGUGAGUGCGGUUUGACGGAUAGCAAUUAUGCGCAGCUAGUAGAGCUGUACGAUAAGUACAAAGAUGAACAACUCAGAAUUCUCGCAUUCCCAUGCGAUCAAUUCUACGGACAAGAACCAGGCUCGUCGAAAGAUAUCGCAAAUUUUGCUAAGAAGUACAAAGUGGAGUUCGACAUGUUUGAAAAGAUCAAGGUCAACGGGCCAGACGCUCAUCCCUUCUGGAAGUGGCUCAAAGAAAAGCAGGGAGGAUUUCUUGGCAACGCGAUAAAGUGGAACUUUACCAAAUUCAUCAUUGACAAGAACGGACAACCAGUUGAUCGGUUUUCACCUACAACACCUCCGAACGACCUCGAGGCUACUCUGAAGAAACUUUUUUAAUUAUUCAGAUGCGAUUUUAAUAUGUAUAUAAUCGCAUUCGAGAUCGCAUUACUUGUAUCAGAGAUUUGGGGGGCACGGAACGGGGGAUUGAUCUACACGAAACGUCUUUUUUUAUUCGACACUCGAUGUUAAAGAUAUACAUGCCUUAUUUGUUUAUAAUAAUACAUUCAUUUAUAAUGAUGAUGAUGAUAAUAAUAAUAAUAAUAAUAAUAAUAAUAAUAAUAAUAAUAAUAAUGUAACUCUCUACGUGUAAUAUAUACAAUUGUUGGGUUAUCACUAUCAAAUAACAUGAAGAUAAAACAAUUUGAAGCUGCAUUCCGAACAUCCGACUUGGUACUCCCUGAAUGCUCUCUACAACAAAUCGGACGUUGCGCGACAACAGAAAUAAAUAAAUAUACGUAUGAUCGAUAUAUCUAUGGUAUGAUGUAAAGAUCGCUGGAUCCAAGUCCAAUAAAUUAACGCGACGCUGGGAAGACCAUCGCGGCGAAGGUCGUAAGGUUAUAA